AUGCCGACGAUGCGUCCUCGAUUUGAUCCGCUAGAUGAUAUUCCAAUGUGGACCUGCGUCCCCGAGUUUGGAGUACAGACAAUUUACUUAGAUUUUCCACCAGACCAUCCUCAAUAUCCUCAUCGCGAUGAGCCCCCUUCCCCAUCUCCUUCUUUGCCUUCUAUACUUUCUGAAUCUUCAUCCUUUGGGAUGAAUCUCGCCGAUGAAAACGGCUUCUCGACCGUAACGUCGUUAAAUCAACGUAUACGAGAUAUCCACUCCCUUGACCAUAAUCAGACGGAGGACCCAGGCCCCACUGGUGAUCAAAAGGUAGUCAGCAGCAGUUCACGCGACUCAAAUACAACCCUCCGAAAACUAAACGCGCGAGGCGGGGCAAAGCUUGGUCCAGCAUUCCAACGGUGUACUACUUGCGGGAAUAAAAUUAGAACGCCAGAACGACCAUCCCAAAAAACGAUCUCCCGAAAUCAAGGCUCGUCCAAAGUACGCACUAAACAGCAUCGAGAGAGUAACUGGAAAAAACAAGUUACAAAGCUCCCAACACGAAUACUGAAGACACGCAAAGGAUGUCCAGGAACCUCUCAUCGCCCAGCGGUGGCCGAUUAG